AUGGCAUUGGGGGUAUUAGACGACAAUAAGCUUGCAGAAGUUCCAGGAACAUCUCUCUUGGAUAAAGGGAGAAGUGAUGAACUUGAUACACGAAACUUGAAUUUGAAGACAAAGCACGGGGUGGUUCUUGUGCCUCAGCCGAGUGACAAUGUGAAUGAUCCAUACAACUGGCCGGAUAUUAAGAAGAACAUUGCUAUUUGGGCGUUGGCCCUGACUUCUGGGGUUGCGGUCUCGCUUGGGCCGAUAAUCAGCCCCGGUUUGCUCGUUGCUUCUAAGAGAUAUCAUGUAUCACUGGAUCAAGUUUCAACAUUUCUAAUUGGCGUCCUGAUCCUGUCCAUCGGAUCAGGUACUUUCUUCACCGCAGCAGCAGCAACUAUCUGGGGCAAACGCCCGGUAUUCAUUAUAUCAACAGCGAUUUUAUUAAUAACAUGUGUAUGGGGUUACUUUGCGACGGACGAUGUCGCCAAUUUUGUGGAGCUAAUAUCAUAUUACUUCAAGUCCUUCGAAUCGCUGUGGAUCAUGCGAAUUGUGCAAGGGAUAUCAGCUGCCCCUUUGGAAACCCUUGUGACAUCCACUGUAUCCGAUAUAUUCUUUGUUCACGAGCGAGGGCAGAAACUCGCCAUAUGGGGUAUAGCAAUUACGUCUGGUGUCAUACUUAGUCAAGUUGUGUCUGGUUAUAUCAUUCAGAAUCUCGGCCUGUUGACCCCCUUUGGCAUCACAGCAUUAGUACUAUGCUUACUGCUUCCCGCAAUCUUUUUCCUUGUUCCCGAAACUGCGGAUGUGCUACAUAAAUCUGGACAAACCAAUGAGAAACUAACCACUGCACACGGUGGUAAAAAUGCGCCCAAGAGGACAUAUGGCGAGGAAUUGAAGAUAUUCAAUGGUCGGAUAUCGGAUAAAAGUUUCUGGGCGCUAGCAGCGAAACCUUUACCCCUGAUUACAUUCCCAGCUGUCAUCUUUAGCACGUUUAUCCAUGGUAGCUUUCUGACAUGGCUCGUGGUAUUCGCCAUUCUGUCCACAAAUGUAUUCACAGGCCCUCAAUAUGGACUCACACCCUCCCAAAUUGGCCUGACAAACCUUCCCUUGCUUGGUGUCUGUCUUCUUGGGACUCCACUUUCCGGGGCCAUUGCUGACUGGCUCGUGUGCCUCAUGGCACGGCGAAAUAACGGUAUCUAUGAACCCGAGUUCCGCCUCCUCCUAAUGAUUCCCGCAACGAUAUUUUCGACUGCCGGAUUUAUAGGAUAUGGGCUUAGCAUCGAUCGCGGCGCAGCUGUCGCAGUCCCAGUCACCUUUAUGGCACUACACUCGCUAUCUAUCCCCUUUGCCACCUCAGCCAGCUUCACAUACGUGAUUGACUGCCACCCGAAAGACGCCAACCAGGCCUUUGUAACAAUCAAUUUUGCCAAGGCUGUGUUUAUAUUUAUUGCCAGCAUGUUUGUCAAUGGGUGGUACUCGGCACGGGGGCCAAGGGUGGUUUUCACGUGGAUUACCGGGCUUAAUUUGGCGUUUAGCAUGAUGACGAUUCCGAUAUUGCGCGGAGUUCCACUCUCAACAAACUUUGAGGUAAAUACGUAUAUAUCCACGAUUACCACAUCUCCCCGCACGGCUGUACGCAAAAUUGGUGGCGAAUAG